GUGUAGAUGUCAAUUCCAUUUUGACAACCGCUUAUAAGAUUCCAGCGAUUGGGUUUUCUUUGUUCUAUCAAUUCAUCCGAUUCCAAUCUUUCUCUUCUGACUCUUCUUGAAAAAAAUUAAUAAAAAACAGAAAAGAAAAGAGAGAUGGGAGGAGGAAAUGGGCAGAAAGCCAAGAUGGCAAGAGAGAAGAACCUGGAGAAGCAGAAAGCUGCCAAAGGUAGCCAGCUUGAAACAAACAAAAAAGCGAUGACCAUUCAGUGCAAGGUAUGCAUGCAGACAUUCAUCUGCACCACGUCAGAGGUGAAAUGCAAGGAGCAUGCCGAAGCGAAGCAUCCGAAGAACGAUCUCGUUCAGUGUUUUCCUCAUCUCAAGAAAUAGAAGCAGUUAUGUUUGUGAAACUUCAUUUCAAUGUGGUUAGAUCGUGUCUUCCCAUCCAUGUUCUACUUCUGCUGUUGUAAUUGCUGGAGUCUUAUGCCUAAGGUGUAAACCCCAUUUCUCGUCUACCUAUCUCAACAUGAGUGCUUGUGGAUGUGUUUUAA